UAUCUCCGCUCCGCCCCGUUCCUCCGGUUUCGGUGCUGUUGGGCCGGUGUUCUUUACGUUGGCUGUCUCUCCUGGGGUUGCAUGUAGUGAGGAGUCCCCCGGUUACACUGGGCAUAGGAGGGCGUAUACAGAGUGUGCGGGGCCGAGCUGGUGCUGAUCUUCUCCCCUCCCGCCCAGCCCGGGCCGCCGCCGCUGCUGCCGAGAGACAAGUUAGCUGUUGGAUUGGGACGCAUGGUACACAAAUUGUGAAGCGACAAUGGAUUGGCUGUGACAGUACGCCUUGUGUGCAGGCAGCUAGGAUGAGUUCCUGCCGAGCCGGCCUCCACAGGGAACCACUGAAAGCCUACUCAUUGUGUCAGCAUGUUAAGCGGGCUUCUGGAAUGCAUUUGAAGCCAUAUCACAAGCUACAGAAAAAAGAAUCUGUUCUAGAACUACGAUCAAACAAAGGCAUGCAUCUGAACAACCAAAGCUCUGCUAAAGAUGAAAAAUGUAAUGGCGCUACCAGGAAAUGCUCACCCUGUAACGAUAAUCCACCCCGAAGACCAUUGGGAACACUGUCUCAGAAUAAGUGCAAUAUAGCAUCCGUGAGCCCUGCUAACAGCUUCGAGGUUAAAGCAAAGAAUGUUCCACCUGGGACAAUUCACCAGGGUGAUGACGGAGAAGGAAUGUUGGAUAGUUGUGCACUCAUCAAACCUGGGAAUACAAAGGAAAAGAUUGCUUUUUUCGCAUCGCACCAUUGCAGCCACAAUCGAAACGGCUCAAUGAAGAUUAAAAACACUGGGGAUAUGAGUGGAAGAGCCGCCAAAAGGCGCAAAAAAUCUGUGGAUCUUAAACGCGUGAAAAGCCACUUGGAAAAGUUGCAGGAAUCGCAUAAAAAGUGCCUCCUAUCGGAAGCUUUCCCAGGUGGAGUUGAAAACUGCUCUAUUAAAUAUGUUGCCGAUAAUGAUGGGAUUCUUCCUGGUAGACCUCUUUCUGUGAUAGAGAUGGUCACUUUCCUAGAGCAGAGAGCAAGUGCGUUACUUUCUGAUCAUGCUAAACCUUUCCUCCAUCCUUCAAAACCUACUGGACCAUCUAAAUGUACUCUUCCACCUGUAUCCUUGAUGGCACUUGGAGCCAGUGACGAAUCUUCUGAUAAAGACAAUUGUGAGAAAGCUGAGCUGGAGUCUGUGUGUGUCUUAGAAAUGGUUGCUAAACUAGAGUCUGAAUGUUUGAGACGCCAGAAUGAACGGGAAUCAGGGGGACUUUCAAGGAGCAACAGCUUCAGAAGGAACGUUGGCCGAAUGUUGCUUGCUAAUGGCUCGCAGCAAGAUGACCGUCCUUCUCAGAAUGAGCCUUCUAUGGCUUUUGAUCCUGAAAAACAUGUAGCUGCUUCUGCCGUGGAGAAAACCAUUCCACAAAUGAAGGAAGAUCCCUCUCCGGCAUCAUGGGAAAACUGUGCUCUAGACAUGCCUCAAGAUCCAGAGUCUUUGCCACCUAUGGAAGACUUUUAUGUGGCCAAUGUAGACCUUGAACUUGUAAGGGAGACCUAUUUGAAAAUGAAAUGUAGGGGUGAUUUUGCGAUAACUGUGGAUCCUUGUAAAUUUUCUAUUUCUGUCUGUAUAAAAGCUGUUGAAUGUGUCCGUGAUGCUUUUGAGAGUCAGACGAUGAAUGACAGUGCAGCUGAUGAAAAAGGGGAGUACACAGAUAGGAUCCCAGAGUCCUUUAAGGCUACAAAUGUAUUAAUGCACACAUUGCCACAACAGAAAACAGGUCAGACACAGGACAAAGCUUUAAUAGGGGACCCCUCCCCAGGUAUCUUAUUCUUUCAAAAAGAGGAAACCAGUCCAUACCAUGCACAUGUACGAAUUAACCCUGAAGUAAAGUCACAGGCCGAGAUACUGGGAAAAAAUGCCUUUGACAAUACUCUGCGUAUGCAGAAUAGCUCCAUGAUUGCACAAUAUUCUGUCUCGUUAUCGUCACUUGGAAAUGUUACUCAGGUACUUGACACUUCUUCUGUAAAAAAACAGGUGUCUCAUGAUUUUCUCGAGACCAGAUUUAAAAUCCAGCAGCUCCUGGAGCCUCAACAAUACAUGUCUUUCCUGCCACAUCUCAUUCUGGUGAAGAUAUUUCGAUAUCUUCCCACUCGAACGUUAGCGGCCCUAAAGUGUACUUCUUGCUUUUUCAAAGUCAUUAUCGAACAUUACGACAUUCGGCCGUGCGAUUCGCUGUGGGUCCAGGAUCCUCGCUACAAAGAUGAUCCUUGCAAGCAGUGCAAAAAGAAGUAUGCAAAAGGCGACGUGUCCUUAUGCCUGUGGCAUCCCAAACCUUACUGUCAAGCUUUACCUUACGGCCCUGGUUUUUGGAUGUGCUGCCACAUGUCUCAAAAAGAGAGUCGUGGCUGUAGGGUGGGGCUUCACGACAAUCGCUGGGUGCCUGCUUUCCACAGCUUUAACCGAACCGUUUGCAAGAAGUCAAAAGACUCUGAGUUAGAAGAUGAGUAGCAAAGUGGGCAGCACAUCAUGGUCUUGUAGAGGAGGAUUUUCAUGCCCCAUGCUGUUUACAUUGUACAUAAUCAUGAGGUUUUCAUGGGGUUUGCGAAACUGCACAUACUUUAACACAAGAGCCUUUACUUAAUUUCUUCAACUGGAAUAUUCGCUCUUUUUAUGUAAAUAACUUCUGAUCGAUGUACAUAUAAAAUCUAUUGCUAGCUGAUGCCACCUAAUCUUUACAAUGCAGCUAUGGAUGUCCUGUGGCUAUAGGUGUGUGAGUGAGUAUUUGUGUGUAUGUGUGUUGUUUUUUUAUGUCUUGUUAAGUCUAUAUUCCUGUAUAAUGUUUCUAAACAGAAACUCCAUAUAUAGGGGCUUGAAGCAUUUAAAGUGUUUAUUAUUGGUUUGAUUUGUAAUCAGACUGGCACACAAGUGUCUGAAAUAAUGUGACAAGUGAAUACAUGAGGUGAUUUAUUGUAUAGCGACAAACUACAUGAGGAGGAAAUUGUCUGGUUUCAAUAAAAUGUGUAUCCUAAAUCUC